AUGGAAUGGAUCAAACACGCGCCGCGCAUAAUGCCACCACGCCCCGACCCCUUCACAACAACGCCGAAUGACCCACUGGACCCAGUGGAUCACCUUCAGGAUGAUCAAUGAAGUAACCCUCAUCAUCAUGCACGCAUGACACGGGAUCACUUCGAAAAAUCAGUCGCCUCGGGGCCGCGCUCCGAGACAUUGAAGAUUGUGUUGUGUUUAUGGUGGUGGUGGUGUUGUUGGUGGUGGUGGAUGAUGGUGAGCUCGCAAGAACCGUCUGAGAACAUGCAGAUAUGCUUUGAAAUGGGGUUUGAAAGUAAUCCAAGCAUCCUCAUGUAUGCUCAUGACUCAGUGUUCAUUGACUCACAUUAUUGGUGGGUGGGUGGUUGGCUGGUGCUUGGCUGGCUGGCUGGCUGGCUGUUGUACGGUGUACGGUGGGUGAGUUGUAUGGGGGAAUAUAGUAGAAGGGGAAGAAUGGGCUGUCCCGCUAUAAAAGUUGGGUGAAAGUGUUGGGCUCAUACGCGCGGGGGGCGAGGGGGAAACACACAC